AUGGGUCGGAAUACAGAUAAGCUCUACAUUACACACUCGGAGUGGUCAUCGGCGGACGCCUUCGGUACUGCGCGCGGCGCAAACAGCGCAAACCGGAAUUCCAACACAGGCCUCUCGUCAACCUUCAAGCGGCUUCCUUUCAAUUACUGCGCCGUCUCCCUCCAGCCCUUUACCGACCCCGUAUGCACGUCUUCAGGAACCAUCUUCGACCUCACCCAGAUUCUCACCUGGCUGUCCAAACACCCCGACACGAAUCCCGUCGAUGGAACCCCGUUGAAGCGGGCCGAUCUGAUCACCUUGAACUUCACCAAGAACGAGGAUGGCGAAUAUGUGGACCCGGUCACAUACAAGGUAUUCACAGACAAUACACACAUUGUUGCGCUGCGAAAGAGCGGGAACGUGUUCGCGUGGGACACGGUGGAGAGACUGAACAUCAAGGCGAAGAAUUGGAGGGAUCUGGUCAGCGAUGACGAGUUUACCAGGAAAGAUAUCAUCACGCUUCAGGAUCCGCAGAACAUCGAAUCGAGAGACUUUGGCUCCUACAAGCAUGUCAAGGAGGGAGACACGGUCAUGCCAGGCGCAGAGAGCGGUGUAAACAAGGAGGCGCUGGGCAACGCAGCAAAGAUCCUCAAGGCAAAAGAAGCCGUCGCAAAAGCACGAGCGGAGCGACAAGCAAAGGCGCAAGGCUCAACCGCAUCAAAGGCCCUCACCACGGCCCCCAAGAAUGGUGCACCGGCAGCGACAGGCACCGAGGUCAAGAAACCAGCCUACAACGCCGCCGUAUACACCUCGGGCAAAGCAGCUGCAUCUUUCACCUCCACAGGCGUAACCCCGCAUACAUCCGGCGAACGUGCCCUCCUCUCCGACGAAGACUACAUGCUGCGCCCCAAACGCAUAAAACACAAAGGCUAUGCCCGCAUCUCCACCUCCCUCGGCGACCUCAACAUCGAACUCCUCCCCGAAUACGCCCCCCGCGCCGUCUGGAAUUUCGUGAAGCUCGCCCAAAAGGGAUACUACAAAAAUACAAUUUUUCACCGCAACAUCAAGGGCUUUAUGAUCCAGGGCGGCGACCCGACGGGCACAGGGCGCGGCGGCCAGAGCAUCUGGGGCAAGCCGUUUAACGACGAAUUCGAAGGGCCCGAACGCCACAAGACACGUGGUAUACUGAGCAUGGCGAACAAAGGCAAGAAUACAAACACUAGUCAAUUCUUCAUCUCCUACCGUGCAUUGCCGCAUUUAGACCGCAAACACACGAUUUUCGCGCGCGUGGUCGGUGGCCUGGAUACCACGCUUACCACUAUGGAGGCCGCUCCCGUCGGCGAAAAGGACAGGCCGGUGGAUGAUAUCGUGCUGCAGGAUGUCGUCGUUUUUGUCGAUCCGUUUGAAGAGUGGCAGAAGGAGCGCAAGGAGAAGGAGAGUCUGGAGACGGAGGCAGAGGAGAUUAAAAGGCAAGGUGGGACGGCGGACGAUAAGACCACGUGGACUGGCAAGCGCAUCAGGCCGGACGGCACGGUGGAGAAUGGGAGCAGUGAUGGAUUGGGCGUGGGCAGGUAUUUAAUAGCUGCAAAGCAGGAGGUUGUGGGAGGGGAUGAGGUGCUGGGGUAUGUGGAUGAGGAGGAGGAUGUUGCACCAGUUAAGAAGAAGGCAAAGGCCGGUGGGUUUGGGAAUUUCGAGGCGUGGUGA